CGUAGGAAAUGGCGGACCCGACGCCGGCGAACACGAAGAGGAGGGUGGCGAUGAACUCCGCGACAUAGGAUCUGACGGACGUGGCGCUGAACGAGUCGCCCAAGCUUCCAAAUGCAAGCUUCACCAUCUUGCACUCGACUGUUUUCUCAACGAGGUCAACUCUGCUCUGAUGGAU